AAAUAUAUGCUUAUUUUUUUGUUCUGUUUCGCUUAUGCGUACAGUGACGUUUACUGUUCACCGGAAGUAGAAUCUUGGAACCUCCAACAUAGCUUGUGUGUUCCUGUUGGAGGUCACUUUGCUUUAAAAAGCAGCAGGCAUGGGUGGGGAUCACGGACACGGACACGGCAAACUGUCCAUGCCGGACUACAGAGUGUGGAAGUGGGAAGGGACGCCGUUGGAGGUGACCCAGCAGAGGCUCGCCCGGAGAGGACUCAGGGACCCCUGGGCCCGGAAUGAGGCGUGGAGAUAUACGGGCAGCUUCGGCGUCCCGGUCACCUUCAAAGAUGUCCUCCUGCGUGGAUUCAGGACGGGGUUCGUAGCGUUCGCGGUGGCUCUGGCAGUGGAGUACGCUUUCUUCCCUCCGAAGAAGUCGGAGCACUGAUGGUGUGCUGAACGCUCAGCAGAGACUCUGUGUUUGCUGCAGGUCUGGAGCCUGUCUCUCCAUGAAGAAAUCAGCCCAUGAAGGGCUUCCUAAUACAUGUUCAUUCAGCUUUGUUUCACUUGACCAGUCUGUACAAUAAAUAUAAAUUAAUUGA